AUGAAACCUAACACACCUAGAACACUGUAUGUGUGUGUGUGUGUGUGUGUGUUGGGGACAGAGCUGCAUCUUGGCAGAGGAUGUUGUUAGCUGUAUACAGCCAUAAAAGACAAUUACCGCUAUAACCUUUUAUGGGGUGCAAAGCGCUGCGAGGCGAGAGGACACAAAACAAAAAAAGACACCGUGGGCUUCGACUGCAGAAGCCCAAAAUAAUACAGCCGAUGUGUUUCUCCUCAGCUCAGAUAUGACAAGGCCGCUUAGGCUAAUCUGUCAUGAGCCAUCACAGACAGCGCCAAACAAUUUACAAGAAGAGGAAAAAAAACCCCGCAUUUUUUUAAAAUGUAUUUUUGGAAAUUUAGGAAUUUGUUUAAACACACACACGCACACACACAUUUUGAGUUCAAACUGUCCAACUGGCUUUGGAGUAAUAGUGUAGUUCUAGUUUAAAAUAUGGCCCCUUCAUUUUAGUGUUAAGACUGGUUCAAGUCUCUGCAUGCUGGAGAAAAUAUUUGGCACAAAAAAGAGACCAGCAAAUCCGAUCUGAGCUAUAGUUGCACAGUGUCCUGAUCGAUCAAAGACAGGAGGAGCAGGUAAUUCAGCUUUCAUUAAGGGUCUGUACAGAAACUAUCGAUUAUGCUGCUUGGAGGCUAAGUCGGACUUUAGUCCACAACCGGAGUGCUGUUGUGACGCGUUGGGGGGGGGGAAGCAGAUGGACCCAAACUUCAAAGACUCGGCCAGAGACAGUGCAAUAAAACGCCUGGUCUGCUAUACUGUCUGGCAUUCCAGUUUUAAUGGCUUUAUGGCCGUCCAGACACAAUUAGGCCGCUUCCAGAAUGGCACCCAUUUGUUUUUUCUUCUCUUUCUGUGAGACUGCGGUCUGGACAAAAGGCCCGAGCGGAAAUGAUCAGUUUUAUUGGAUUCUCCUCGACGGGGACGCGCAGGACUCACGGUCAUUUGGAGGGAUCCUUUGUUUCUACCUGGGAACCUUCCGCCCCUUGCUCCUUUGCCGGGCCUUCCUAAAGGAAAAGGCAGCAAUAAAGUGAACAGCUAGUUUCAGACACAGCAGUGAGACUUGUGUCUGUAAACACGAGUAUGUUGCAACACUGGAGCUUUUCUCCAAAUCAUACCCAACAUAAACGAAACGUCACCUCAGUGACAUCCUCCUUUCCUUAAUCUGCUGCAUUCUAUCGGAUUCGACAUUAAAAUAACAACGUCUGCGCAGUGCUGCCUCCCCAACGCUGCAAUCCCCACGAAUCACCAGAGGGUGGCGACACUGUUCCACAUCACCCCUUUGCUUUUUGUAACACCCCCUCCCUAAUGAGCCUGCACUGGGAACAAACUAGCAACAUUUUAAGAGUCCAGAGAAAUAAUUUCACACCUUUUUACAGUCUCAGUGCAGAAGCUGCUUCAUGAACCUGCAGCUCUGCGGGGAGGAAUGAAACAGCCUGCACACACUGUGGCUGCUGGAUUACUUCUUGCACACCCAAGUAGUCGCUCUGUUCACUCUUGUCGUCCUGUUGUCGUAUUUAAAGUCCUGUGCCAUAAUAAAACCCAUGUCUGUGCUGAUUGGACGAGAGCGACCAGGCCGGGGUCACAUGGGUGAGUUCUUUGGUCCAGAGUAAAAAUGGGGUUUGGUGUAAAUCUAGGGUGUAUUGCUGUCAUCUAUCACACUACCUCGUAAAAACGACACUGAGGAUUCUGGGCCAACAAAUCAGAGAGAAAAAAAUAUGAGUUCUUAUUAUGUGGAUGGUCUUCUUAGCAAAUCUACGACGGGCAGUUCCCUGUUCCCAAACGUGGAACGAGCUUCUUGCGGCAUCGGACCCCGUGGGGACGACCAUAGCUCUACUCGGACUGCUGCGGCCAUUGCAUUUGCGCCAUCCCUCUCUGGAGUUUACAGCGUUAAUAAUACAGUGUACCAGAGCCAUACUGUGUUUACCUGCGGCUAUGGCCAGGGGCAGGGCGCACACACGUCACACUGCAGCCCGUUUGACCAGAGCCGCCUGUUCAGCGACAGCUGCUGUCACCCUGGGACCGAACCCCUCACCUCGUCGCCGGACAAACAACACCGGAUGUACCCCUGGAUGCGAGCAUCAGAUCCAAAUCGAAAGCGAGGACGGCAGACCUACUCCCGGCACCAGACGCUGGAGCUGGAGAAGGAGUUCCACUUUAACCGCUACCUGACCCGCAGACGCAGGAUCGAGAUAGCCCAUGCCCUCUGCCUCUCAGAGAGACAGAUCAAAAUCUGGUUUCAGAACCGCAGGAUGAAGUGGAAGAAGGACCACAAGGACGAGCCGAGCAACGAGGAACAGCACUGUGAUAUUCAGGCACCGUCGGAAGGCAGGGAACCCAAAGCUGAAGAGACCCGAAGCGGCCGUGUUGACUUAGGAACAACUGCAAAGUAACAGAAGAGACGGACAGAAGAUCAAAAUAAAGAAACAUAAUGUGUUAAAUAUUGUCUUGGAAUGCAUCGAAUUUCUGACAUAACACUUGGGCACUUUUUUUUUUAAGUCUCACUAAUCAUUUGAGAGUAAUCCACAUUUAAACACUACACUGCUUUUCUGGAUUUCAUAUUUAAACCAGCACUAAAAAUGCUUCACGUGACAAAUAAUAACUACCUACCCUAACUAGUCUGUAUUUUUAUAUCCUCCGCAUAUAUCGCAUAGGAGUACUACAAAUAUGGCACAUUUUGGACUACAGAAAACUACUACUGAGUUAACAUUCCUUCAACAAAAACAAAACUACCUAAUAUUUACCUUAUAAUUUUCAAAAAGUGACACGGGAAUGUAAUCACGAACUGAGCUGGUGAUUUAAUUGAUGGUUUCCUGUUUUCCACCGCGGUCGUAUUUUCUGAAGGGAAGGAAUACAAUUCAUGUGCCUUAUUUUGAAUCGGGUAAAGGCGAAUGUUUUAGUUAACUGCCUUUGAUAAAAUAAUUACUGAGUUUCUUCUUCGCCCCCCCAUCCCCCCACCCCCUUAUAAUUAACAUGGAUUUUAAUCCGCCUGCUAGGGGUGAGGAUUUAACUAUAGACGCAAAUAUUUGUUUAGUUUUGCAUGUAACCUACCUCAGAUUCCUCACUCGCUCACUAUACCGUCAGCGAUUGUGCCGUAGGCUACUGUGAAGAUGUAGCUUUACAGAUUAGGCUUAUAAAUACAUGUACCGUUACCCAGCUGGCAAUAUCCAUCAUUUUAUAAUCGGAGAAAUAUUCCAGUACAGUGGACAAACGCUGCUGGCUUUCAAUAAAAAGUCUGCUAGGCCUGUAAGUAGUCUGUCCUGUAAAUGAAGUGAACGCGCAAUCAUUUAAUAAAAAUGCUUUUACCCUCUCUAUUUGGUUUCAUUCCAUAUUUACCGUGUUUAUUAAAAUAUCCAUGCAAGAAAAUGAUUGUAAUCGCGCCCUGGGUCGAGUAAUAUUGUGUUCACAGUUACCAUUAAGUGACCUUCAGUGUGACCAGUAUUGGGUUGCAUGUAAUGAGACAUGUUACAGUCCAUAAUGGGGGUUAGGUAAACAGUGAAGUUGGGGAAUGUGAGCUAUGAGGAUGCGAGAUGGGACAGGCUGCAGAUGAAGGGAAAUUACUGUUGAACUCUGCUUUCCCUCCUCGCUGGGUAAGAUGGCGCCUGACGCUGACCUGCCCUCCUCCCUCCCUCCUUUUUCUGUCUCUCUCUCUCCCCCCGUCCCUCUCCCUCCAGCUCUGGGCCAUAAAUCCGUUGUUGUUUAUGAAAAUUUACAACAUAGCCAUACAAGUUUACGACGCGGCCCGGGUUCCCAUUGGCCGCAG